UCUUGCGUUUAUCACUUCAAUACUUUCUUAAACCAUAAUUCAGCCGCUGGAUGACUUUGGCGUCCCGCUAGCAAUUAAUUCUCUACCGGAUGAGAAGAAAGUUUGGCCAUCAUCAAGGCGAGACCUGUUCUUCCUCAAAGCGCAAGACCUCUUCUCACAGAGUGACGCUCAAAAAACUAACAACAACGAUGGUAACAAGAAGCAAAGGAGUUACAAUACCUCCUCUUCCUCUCGCUCUUUUCCCUCGUCAUGGAGGAAGCUCUGAAGAAGGCGAAGAUCGUGGCAGCCUUUUUGGUCGCCGGCCUCCUCGUACUGCUCGUAAUCCUGUGGGUAUUCCUGGGCCAUUCUACAGCCUUCUUCCUCACCGCAGGCUUCGACGGGGUGGCAAUCCUUGCGAUCUUCGUGUGGAUAUCGAUCGUGCACACCACCUCGCUCGACCGGAGACGGAUGUCGAUGGCGAGGCGGUCGGCCCUCGAAGGGGAAGAGCUCCGCAUCGAGUACAGCUUCCUCCGGAAGGUGGCCGGCUUGCCGACCAAAUUCCGGUACGAGGUCCUUGCAGCCGCCACGGACGACUUCCAUGCCUUGAUCGGGCGCGGCUCGUCGGCGUCUGUGUUCAAGGGGAUCCUCGACGAUGGCACCCCCGUCGCCGUGAAACGGAUCGAGGGGGCCGAGCACGGCGAGCGCGAAUUCCGGUCGGAGGUCUCGGCUAUAGCCAGCGUUCAGCACGUCAAUCUCGUCCGCCUCCUGGGCUACUGCCUGAUCCCGGGGGGGCCCAGGUUCCUCGUCUACGAUUUCAUCGCCAACGGCUCGCUGGACCGCUGGAUCUUCCCCCAGGCCCAAGGGAAGGAAGUCGAAUACGACGGCGGCAGCGGCCAGCAGAUGAGAGGAGGAAAUCGGUGCCUGCCAUGGCGGCUGAGGUACAGCGCCGCGAUAGACGUGGCCAAGGCCCUGGCCUACCUCCAGCACGACUGCCGUGCUCGGGUGCUCCACCUCGACGUCAAGCCGGAGAACAUACUGCUGGACGAGAGCUUCCGAGCCAUCGUGUCCGACUUCGGCCUAUCGAAGCUCAUGGGCAGGGACGAGAGCCGGGUGGUGACCACGGUCCGGGGCACCCGAGGCUACCUGGCCCCGGAGUGGCUGAUAGACUGCGGCAUAUCCGAGAAGUGCGACAUCUACAGCUACGGGAUGGUGCUGCUGGAGAUGGUCGGAGGGCGGCGGAACGUUCAGCUGGUCGGCGGCGGCGGCGGCGGCCGCGCGUCGGCGAGGAGGUGGUCCUACUUCCCGAAGUUGGUGAGCGAGAAGAUGAAGGAGGGGAGGCUGAUGGAGGUGGUGGACGAGAGGCUGGUGGGGGUGGAGGAGGGGGAGGUGAGGAGGUUGGUGGACGUGGCCUUAUGGUGCAUCCAGGAGAAGGCCGAGGCCCGGCCCAGCAUGGCCCGGGUGGUCGACAUGCUGGAAGGCAGGAUGGACGUGGAUCCCCCGCCGGAGACGGAGAUGAUCAUUCACGACCUCUUGCCCUCUUCUUCUCCCACUAAUAAUAAUAAUAACAACAACCAGAACCAUCAUGAUGGGCAUAGCAUUGCGGCCGAUGGCGUCCGAAUUAGGGAGCCUUCCAUGUCCAUGUCCUAUGAAAUCGAGAUGUCCUUUCUAUCUGGUAGAUAGACAGAUAGCCGAGAAAUGCAGCUUUCAUUUCCCCCUACAAGUUUCCAACUCUCAACGGGAAAUUCCAAGCAAGGGGAAUUCAUCGCCUUGUAAUUUUUCAGUUGAUUAAUUGGAGGUUUUGGUGGCAAACGAAGACAAAUAAUCGUCACAUAUAGCUGCCACUGAUCUCUAUCUAGCUACAUAACAUACGCGCAUACAAGUAUGUACUUAAUUUGUAUAACAAUCUGCAUGUCGCAAUGACGCCCAUAUGGAAAAGGUUGCAAUAGCAUCCAUCCUUGUACACCUUCACACGAGACAAGCGAAGAAAAAAAACAGAAAGGAAUACGGGUGCUUUCAAAUCCAUGU